UCUCUCUCUCUCUCUUUCCCUCGCCAGCUGUUUCAUCUCCGCCUGUCUCUCAACGCCAUUAACGCCCAUUCUCUCUUUACUCAUUCCUCGAGCCCUUAGAUCCACGCGUGGAAUUCCCUACAUUGGCGUUGCUGAUUGGGUGAUAUCGCUCCCGAUCCGUUCGUUUCUGCAGCCGCUGGAUCUGAGUCACCGGCGUCGGUUCCUGUAAGUUUAAUCUCCCUGAUCCCGUAAGAUCUUCAAUUCUUCUCAUUUUUGUUCUCUCGGUUAGAAAUUCAGAUAUCAAACAAAUUGUCGGCCAUUUCAUUAAUUUAUAUUCGUUGUGUCCGAUCGCGUGGGAUUUGGGAAUUAGUCUUGUCCGUGACAAUGACGGCGGAGGUGGAUGCGCGUGGAAUUGGCGAGGUUGCAAAGGGUGAAGUUGAGGAGAAGUGUAAUCCGCAGAGAGAAAACAACGGGGUUGUGAUGGUUAAUGCGAACAGUGCGAGUACUAAGGACGACUCCGACGGCUCUUACGUGUUCGUAAGUGGAAGCGACGCCAUUUCUGACUGUCACGUUGAGCCGUCGGAUCUCAAUGAGGAUGUGGAGCACGUGGAGAAUGUCGGUGCGGGUAGAGUUGCCGAGCUGAAGGUGGUUGAGAAUGGCGGUGGUUUGGGGGGUUCGGAUUGUGGAAUUAAUGAGGGAGAGGGCGACGGUAUUAAGGAGGAGAAUGGGACGGAGGCUGUUGUGGAAUCUGAGCCGCAGCGGCCCGUGGUUGAAGAGCAAAUCAAGGUUAAUGUUGAGGAGUCUUCUGGGGAUGCCCAAGAGAUUAACAGAUCACAACCUGUGGUUUCGGGUGCUGCUGAGUCUGAAUUAUAUGAAUCAUCAACGCAGGCCGAUGAUGGCAAGGCGGAGGAUAAUAAUUCAGACUCAGCUGCUGAAUCUGAGCCUCAAGCGAUUGAUGGCCAAGAGAAGAAGGUUGAAGAGGAGGAAAAGAAACCAGAUUCGUCAACAGACGGGAAAGAUAACCACGAAUUUCAGGAUAUAGUUAACGUAGAUAUUCAAAAUGAUUUGGAUCAGGAGAGGGAAGCACGGGAAAUGGAGACCAAUGAGGUUCCUGUGGAAGGUGGUGCACCAGGGGCCCUUGUGGGAGACUUGGAGACGAAAAACCAGGCAACUGCUCCUUGUCCUGUGAAUCAUACAGAAUUAGAAAGAGAAUUUGGUGAUAGCGGUCCUGUCUCUGAUGAAAACGGGGAUGGUUCACCUGCCAAUCACGCUCAAGAUAGCCCUUCAGAAACCGUUGAUGGCCAUCAAAAGGCAGUUGAACAAAAUGGGUCUUCUGAAAAUACCGAAAGCUUGCCCUCCCCAUUUAUUUUUGGGAAUGCAGCUUCUAAUGAGAUUCCUGUGGAAGCGAACUCGAGGGAACAUGAGGUGGACUUGGAACAGACUUCAAAAACAUCUUCAUUUCAAGUAGCUGAUACACAGUUUGAAACAGAAGCUGUGCCUGAUGAAAAUGGAGAUCGCUUGCCUACCGAUCAUGCUCAGGAUGGCAUUUCAGAGAACUUUGUUGAGAAUGACUUGGUUGAUGCCAGUCAAAACACACCCGAACAUAAUGGGUCUUCUCAAAACGUGCAAUGCUUGCCCUCCCCUGUUGCAUGUGCAGUUAUUCCUGUUGAAAGUGGCAAAAGUUUCCCAAGUGCUCCCGACAAUCAUACCGAAGAUGAUGCUGGGAAUGAGGCUUCUUCAAUUAUGGAGAAGCUUCCAACUUGCGUUGCUGAUGAUGAGAGGCCAGAGACUGAAGUUGGGAACUUAUGUUCAAAGAGAAGCGAAAGUACUGAUUCUUGUCCGGCUGAAUAUACAAAAUUAGAAAUCCAGGUUGAGAAUAGCCUUAAUGAAGCUAUUAAAGAUGAGAAUGGCCCUGAUGAAUGUAUUAAAGCCGAGCAAGGCCCUGCUGAAACCAUUGAAGGUGCGAAUGGCCCUGAUGAAACCAUUGGGGGUGAGAAUGGCCCUGAUGAAACCAUUGAAAGUGAGAAUGGCCCUGAUGACACUAUUAAAGCUGAGAAUGGCCCUGAUGAAACCAUUGAAGGUGAGGAUGGCCCUGAUGAAACUAUUAAAGCUGAGAAUGGCCCUGAUGAAACCAUUGAAUGUGCGAAUGGCCCUGAUAAAACCAUUGAAGAAGAGAAUGGCCCUGAUGAAACUAUUGAAGCGGAGAAUUGCCCUGAUGAAACCAUUGAAUGUGCGAAUGGCCGUGAUGAAACCGUUGAAGGCAAGAAUGGCCCUGGUGAAACUAUUAAAGCUGAGAAUGGCCCUGAUGAAACCAUUGAAGGUGAGAAUGGCCCUGAUGAAACUAUUAAAGCUCAGAAUGGCCUUGAUUAUACCAUUUUAAGUUGCCAUGCUGAUGAUGCAAGAUCAGAAACUGAGGCUGGUUCUGUUGCCAUUGAUUCUGAAGAAAAAGUGUCUGACUUUUCAAGUGAUGCGGUGAAGAUAGAAUCCGGAAUUUCAAGUGGGGUCAUUGAUUGUGCUGAUGGCCAGCCUCAUUCUGUUUCUGCUACAAAUGUGGAACCUCAUGUAAAUGGUUUGGUUGAAAAUGAAUCCUCUACUAGUCUAGGUGCUUAUGUGAAAUCAGAGUCUGAAGUUGCGAGAUCAGAAACUGAGGCUGGUUCUGUUGCCAUUGAUUCUGAAGAAAAAGUAUCUGACUUUUCAAGUGAUGCCGUGAAGAUAGAAUCCGGAAUUUCAAGUGGGGUCAUUGAUUGUGCUGAUGGCCAGUCUCAUUCUGUUUCUGCUACAAAUGAGGAACCUCAUGUAAAUGGUUUGGUUGAAAAUGAAUCCUCUACUAGUCUAGGUACUGAUGUGAAAUCAGAGUCUGAAGUUGAAAAUAUGCCCAUAAGAAGUAGCAGGGAUAUACCAUGUGAUGAUGAUUCUGAAUCUGAAUCCAAGGUUCCGGAUGUCUCUGCUAAUUUGACUGAAAUUGCAGUAGACAGUGUGCCAGAUGCUGUAGAUGUUGAAGAUGGAGUUGAUCAGUCCACUGGUAUAGAUAGUCGUGACAAACCAACAUUUCAAGGAACUGAGGGCAUUGCUGUGGUUCAUGGUGAUGAAACCUCAACAACUUCCCCAGACGGUUCCAACAUUGAUGCUUUGGAAGGACCGUACUAUUUAAUCAGGAUCCCAAGAUAUGAUGACGGAAACAUAAGAGAACAGAUCAAACAUGCUCAGUUACAAGUUGAUGAGAAGACUCGAAGCCGGGAUGCUAUUCGAGCUGAAAUCCAAAUGCAAAGGGCCAUUUGGAAGGAGUAUGGUGAAAAUUUUGAAGCUGCCAUGUCGGAAGAGAAAGCUGCGAGAAACUUGCUUAGGUCCAAACGCCAGGAGAUGGAUUCGGCUCAAUCUGAGAUUAACAGAGUGAAGAAUGCAAUUUCUGUUGAGGAUAUUGAUGGCAGGAUACGAAAUAUGGAACAUGCGAUUCAACAUGAGACCCUGCCUCUGCGAGAAGAAAAGCAGUUGAUUCGUGAAAUCAAGCAAUUGAAGCAACACCGUGAACAGCUCUCUUCUAAUAUGGGUAGGCAGGAUGAUGUACAGCAGGCUUUAGAUCAGAAAGAGCAGAUUGAAGAACGCUUCAAGUUUCUGAGGAAGGAGCUGGAUAUACUCAGAGACAAUGUUCUGAAAGCUGAAGCUGUCACUAAAGCUGCAAAAAAGAUAUACAAUGAGGAAAAUGAAAAGUUGAAUGAAUUACAAGCUCGGUUUAAAGCUGCAGAUGACAUUCGCCAAGAAGCAUAUGCACAUUUACAGAGCUUGAGGAAACAAUUGUAUGAGAAGACCAAAUACUUUCGGAAGUACAAGGAUGACAUUAACGCAGCUACUGAUUUAGCAUCGAAGGGAAAUAAGGAGGAACUGCAACGACUAUGUGUUAACCAGGUGGGGAAAGUUAUGGAACUAUGGAACAAAGACAAUGAGUUCAGGAAAGAAUACAUCAGGUGCAACACUAGGAGUACAUUGAGGAGAUUGAGGACACUGGAUGGCCGUUCACUUGGUCCUGAUGAGGAACCACCUGUAAUUCCCUAUUUUGUUAAUGAAAGGGUGGCCAGGGAUAACUCUGUAUCCCUGCAGUCAGCUGCGGAACAAGAAAAACAAAAUGUACAAGUGGAAGCUGAAAAAGUAAAGGAAAAAUCCAUCGCGAAAGCUGUGGAACAAAAGAAUGAGACAACUAAAUCUAAAAAGCCUGUGAAACCUGCACCUUUGGGGAGUGGAUUAGCAACUAUUUCUGGCAGAGAUGUGAUUGAAGAAGCAAGAGAAGAAGAGCCUAAGGUGACAAAGGAGGAAGAGGAGUUGGCCAGGAAAGCGAAGGAACUGAGAAGGGAAGAGGAAGCAGCCAAGUUGAGGGAGCAACAGUUGUUGGAGGAGAGGGCCAAGGCCAAGGAGGCCCUGGAGAGGAAAAGGCGAAAUGCAGAGAAGGCCCAAGCCAGGGCUUCUUUAAAAGCACAGAGAGAAGCUGAACAGAAAGAGAAGGAAAGGGAAAAGAAAGCAAGGAAGAAGGAAAAAAGGAAGGUUGGCGCAGUAGAGGCCACUGAUGGUGGUAAUGAAGGAGAAUCUGCUCCAAGCUCAGUAACUCCAACUGAAACUCCCAAGGAGUCUGAAACUGGAGAGAAGGCCUUGCCGGUAACAAAGAGGUCCCAAAGAGCACCACAAUUUAUUAAGCAGCAGACCAAGGCAAAAGCUGUUCCCCCACCUCUUCGCAACCGCAGUAAGAGAAGGAUGCAGCCAUGGAUGUGGGUCCUCCUUGCGGCAUUGGUUGUUUUUGCCUUGUUUUUGGUGGGGAACAGCAGCUUCUCUUUUGAUUUUGGGCUGCUGCAACGGUUUGGUUUCUGAAUACUAUCUCUCAAUACAUCAUAUUAACUAGGUAUCGCUAUAGAGGUUUGGUGAGGUAUUCCGUAGAUAUAUAAGCAAUUCUUUCUUGCUCUUCACAGGAUUUGUUUUCCUCAUAGUUCUAUUGAGUUAACUAUAAGUGGCUUUUUUAUUUCACACACACACACCACAAAAAUAGAUUUGGUUUUCUGUUUAAUUGCUUUUAUUAAAGAACCAGAGACUUUUCGAGUGUUGCUUCCAUAUUAAUAUAAUAAUAAUAAAUAUGGUGAUUUUUAGCUUA